UUCCACUAAUUGCCCACUUAAACUCCAGCGACUAUCGUCGUCGGCUGAUUUUUUAACGGGCUUUCAUCACAAUUUGGUUAAUUCUUCAGAAAACACAGCUUGCCUUGUCAUAACGGUUUAGAGGUAAUUUCUUCGGAUGUUAAGGUGUUCCCGCCGCCGUUGACCCGGUCCCCACUAUCUCCCUCCCACUCUAUCUCUCGGUGUUUUAUGUCUGCGUCACAACAAGUCGGUCGAGAAAGAGGCAGGGAUGAUGGCGUCUCUCGCGGGUUGAUUCGCGUGCUGCUCUGACAAACACGCUUAAUAGCAUCAGUAGGUGAAGAAAAGAGAGCAAAUGCACCGGAACAUGACGAAACUACGUCGCGGAGGACAGACAGACCAUACAGACCGAGAGAAAGACCGACGUACCGACGGUGUCUCACUGACGACUUGACAGACAUACGCGCUUGGCACAGACACAUACAUGCACAUCCACUUUGGCACACACGUAGGCUUCACAUCCAACCGGGCAGUAAUUGAGACAAGAGGAAAACAGAAGGGAGAAAAUAUUUCAUGUCAAGCCGGCACAGGAAUCGCUGUGACCCCAACGGAGAGGAGUUCGACUUGACAGGAUGGGGGGAGUAAGUGAAGGGGAUGAUGUGUUAGCUCGAUGGAGUGAUGGACUACUGUACCUCGGCAAUGUGAAAAGAGUAGAUGGAGUCAAGCAGUGUUGUCUGGUGAGAUUUGAGGACAACUCGGAAUUCUGGGUCCUAAGAAAAGAUAUUCACUCUUUCUCAGUUGGAGUGGAAGAAGUUUGCUGUAUCUGUGAUGCUCCGCCUCUUAAAGAACCUCUCAUCAAUUGUCUUAAAUGUCGUCAUGGUUAUCAUCCGGAGUGCCACACUCCGUCCAUUGAGCCGGAAGCUGACAGCAAUUCUUGGAUAUGUCGGCAAUGUGUCUUUGCAGUGGCAACCAAGAGAGGGGGAGCCAUCAAACGAGGACGGUUUGCCCGGCUCAUGCAAAUCAUGAAACUUCGGCUGCCCUAUCAGCUGUCAUCUUUAGACUGGGACCCACAGCAUCUGACCAACCAGCAGCAGUGUUACUGCUACUGUGCCGGACCUGGAGAGUGGAACCUGAAAAUGUUGCAGUGUGGAAGUUGCGGUCAGUGGUUUCAUGAAGCUUGCACACAGUGUCUGACCAAGCCGUUGUUAUACGGAGACAGGUUUUAUGAGUUCCAGUGCUCAGUCUGUGCAAACGGACCCGAGACAAUUCAACGGCUACCCAUGAGCUGGGUAGAUUUGGCCCAUUUGGUGCUCUACCACCUCUCCUUGUGCUGCAAGAGAAAAUACUUUGAUUUCGACCAUGAAAUCAUGUCGUUUGCCAAUGAGAAUUGGGACUCUUUGCUUCUAGGCUCGCUCUCUGACACACCAAGGCAAGAUCGCUGUCACAAUCUGCUCAACGCUUUGAACUCCAACAAAGACAGGUUUGUCUCUGGUAAAGAGAUCAAGAAGAAGAAGUGUCUUUUUGGGCUCCAGGUCCGAGCUCCGCCUCCCCUGACCUCUGAUUCGUCCCCCCUCAUCACUGACCCGCCCAUCAACAUUACCCAAAGGAGAAGCCCAUUGUCACUGCCCUGCCAGAGGAGAGCGGUGGGGCCAGAGUCACGCAAAUCAAAGCGGCGCAUCAUGGAGACACAGCCUUGUCCGCCCCCGGUCCCAGCCACCCCAAUAGAUCUGGUGCCAUGUUGCCAUGGCUACGUAGGUGGAACUAACCUCUACAACUCCAGGAAGGAGGAGGAGCUGAAUUUGGGCUCUCCACCUAAGAGGAUGUUUGCCCUGUAUCACCCCACAUAUAACGGAGCCCCAGCCAUCUCUAGAACCCUGCAUCACUAUAGUGCGGAAGACCCUUGUCGAGUGCUGCCCCCCUGCCUCCCCUUCUCCCUGUCAUCCUCCCACCAUCACCACCACAACAACCAGCAGCACCACCAGCACCAGCCUGGCCAGAAGUUGGAUCCGUGCCCCUCCCUCAUGCUGCGUGAUGUUCCUUCCUAUCCGGGCGGCGUGGGGGGUGGGGGGGAUGGGUCAGCUGCAAGGGGCUGGGGGGGCGGGGACGGGGUGAGGAUUUUGGCGAGGCGAGUAACGCCAGACGGGAAGGUCCAGUACCUCGUGGAGUGGGGGAACGUGAGUGUGUACUGA